AUGGCUACUGACUGGCAAUCCGAGUAUAUCAUCCCGCAGAACCAGCCAACCCUAGAAGGUGUUGGAGCUCACUCAAACCGGGCUCUACGGAACACCUCUGGAAAUGCACAGUCAUAUUCUGACAGCAUAGGGAACAGCAAUCCCCCGGGCCGGGAGGAGCAUCUCCAGCAUUUGGGUUACAAGUAUACUUACCCUCCGGUUCCUUUCAAUCCUCAGCCAGUUCCUGCUCCUGUCAGGUACUGCGAUCCCCAAAUCUACCACCGGCUCCAGCAAAGGAAGAUCCGGCGUCAACACUCGGUGGGCCCGAACGCAUCUAGCUCUAGGAGAGGAAGGAGUUACCUCAAUUCCCAAAAGUAUCUGGAGUACCGGGCCCGGCCUCGGCGGGACACUGGCAAGGAUGGAGAACCAGUAUGGUCGGACCAGCUUGAAGAUGCUUUCCAGAAAGCCCUAGAAGCAAACCCCCCAAUGGGCAGGAGAAAGUGGUCCGAACGAGGAAAGUCAUUUGGUCGCAAUGAACUCAUUGCCAAGUACAUCUUCAAUGAGACUGGCAAGAAGAGAAGUAGGAAGCAAGUCUCUAGUCACCUGCAGGUUCUCGACUCUUUCUUGAAAGGUGACCCGGACUGGGAAAGACUUGUCCGAGAAGACACAAAGGGUUCGAACAGCCAGCACCAGUCAACUGGGCCAAGGUCAAGAAGUUCAAUGGACUAUCCAUUCUCCAGCCACCGCAGCAAUCCCGUCCAUGCUUCGUUUUCGGAUCUCAGGUCAACACCUUCUUACGCGGGGACAGAACCACCUUUCGCGAUGAAUUCUUCCAUGCACGAUACACGUCUUAACGUGGUCCAGGGCAUCAAUUUCAACAUGUAUCUCAGCCCACAGGAAGAUGGUCGCGUGGAGUCCGCCUUCCAUAUGUACACUCGACAGGGGAAUCCCCAGCGACCUGUUGCACCCCCCAGAGCCCUUGAUAGCAUCGUGAACUGGCCGGGAACAUUUCCCCAUCUCAAGGAAUUGCUUGACGAUACAAACAAUUCUCUGGACAGCGACAUCAUCCUGUUGGAGUCCAACCUCGAAUUAGCGAAUGAAUUCCCCCCGCCGGGCUCAAAAAUUGGAGCAAGCUUGGAAUUAGACUUCAAGCAUCCGAACACGCGACAUGUUCAUAUGGUCGAUCAGAUGAAAGACUGGAAGUACAGCACCUACCUGUAUCAAGGCGGCCAACUAAUCAACGACAAGCAUUUUUCCUCCGAUGGACCAAUCACCACUAAAGCCAGGAUCUUUUUCAUCCCCGAGUGGUGGGGGGCACUGUUCAAGGACCUGAUGGUAGAGAGACAAAAUUUUGAGAGAAAUGGUCAAUAUCAAGAGGGUUAUGAGCAUACCAGAAAGUACUUGGCUCAGCUAUCAGCAGUCCAGGUGAUCCGAGCGAUUCCUAAGUCUCCACGACUCUCCGGCCAAUACAUGGGGGAUAAUUAUGAAAAACCAGUUGCUGUUCUACUCUGGAAGUUUCGGCAAACACGACCUCAAGAGGUUGGUACGACCACAUGGACACGAUUGGUCCCGCCCCCUGCGCGGAUUCCGGCAAGCAGCCCACGACCAGCAACGGGAACUGGCUCCCUCUCAUUCGACUCGAUAUUGAGCAGACCGAUCCAACCCAGCUACCAACUUCCUCAGCCGCACGAGAUUCUUCACCCCAGCAGCACUGCCCAUUCACACUGGCCGUUGUAUGAACCACCCCAGGAUAACAUCCCCACCAUGUUUAGCACUGCCGAGCCUUUCGACUUGCUGGGCCCGAUUUCCAAGCCCGAAGAUAGCUUUGGUAACAAGCCUGCGGUGACUGCAGUACUAGAAUUCCCCAAUUCGCAACCGGAAACUAGCCAGCCGCUCAAUAUCCACACCUCCAGCGGUGGAUCUUCCAUGAUGAAUGUCGUCAACGAUCUUUCUUUGCCUCAUCCUAAUUUCACGACAUCUCCCAUAGGCCAUGAGACCAAUUACAUGCCUUCUCAGCAUGAUGUCAGUUUCCAUGACAGCAACAGUGUUCUGAACACUUUCUUUGGACCUGGGGCACACUCUAUCAACGAAAUCGGCCACAGCGAUGUGUCUUGGCCGACAACCACCACCGCUAUUCCCAGUGAUGUUGGUGACAACUACAGUCACAUUCCGUUCCACACUUCUGAACAUCAGGUACCAGUAUCCAGAGAGAUGCCCCAAAGUAACAGCUUCGAAAGCUAUUUACCGCAAGAUGAAUGGAUAAAGAUUGUGGGCAGCAUGCCCGACGACCCUAGCAUGCAUGGGGCAGGUACCGAUCAUGCUACUUCUUAUGCGGACGCCGGCACGGUUGAAGCCAUUUAA